GCGGGCAGCGCGCGGGCCGGGCGCGGGCGCGGCCCCCGAGCAGCGGCAGCUCCGCCCCCUCCCGGCGCGCCUGAGCUCCGCCCGGCCCCGCUCCGCUCCGCUCCGCACCGCCCGGCCCGCCGCACCGCCCGCCACGGCCGCUCCCGGGGCGCCCCGCGGCUGCGCCAGCUCCCCGGAGAGGCGGGCGCUUGCUUCGGCUUCAGCAAACAUUUGUUUUUAAAUUCUUAAUUUUUUUCUAAUUUUUUUUGGCGGCCGGUGCGCGGUGCGGGCAGCAUGGGGCUGCCGGCGCUGGAGUUCAGCGAGUGCUGCCUGGACAGCCCCCAGUUCCGGGAGCGGCUCCGCUCCCACGAGGCCGAGCUGGAGAAGACCAACAAGUUCAUCAAGGAGCUCAUCAAGGACGGGAAGUCGCUCGUCGCCGCCCUCAAGAACCUGUCGGCGGCCAAGCGCAAGUUCGCGGACUCCCUCAACGAGUUUAAAUUCCGCUGCAUCGGCGAUGCCGAAACGGAUGACGAGAUCUGCAUUGCCAAGUCUCUGCAGGAGUUCGCCACGGUGCUGCGGAACCUGGAGGACGAGCGGAUGCGCAUGAUCGAGAACGCCAGCGAGGUGCUGAUCACGCCGCUGGAGAAGUUUCGCAAGGAGCAGAUCGGGGCUGCUAAGGAUGCCAAAAAGAAGUACGACAAGGAGACAGAGAAAUAUUGUGGAGUGCUAGAAAAGCACUUGAACUUGUCUUCUAAGAAGAAGGAAUCCCAGCUUCAGGAGGCAGACAGCCAGGUGGACCUGGUUCGACAGCAUUUCUACGAAGUCUCCCUGGAGUAUGUCUUCAAGGUGCAAGAGGUCCAGGAGAGGAAGAUGUUUGAGUUCGUGGAACCUCUGCUGGCCUUUCUGCAGGGACUUUUCACCUUCUACCACCACGGCUACGAGCUUGCAAAGGACUUCAGCGAUUUCAAGACAGAGCUGACAAUCAGCAUCCAGAACACGAGAAAUCGUUUUGAAGGAACGAGGUCAGAGGUUGAAUCUUUGAUGAAGAAGAUGAAGGAGAAUCCUCACGAGCACAAAAACAUCAGCCCGUACACGAUGGAGGGUUACCUCUACGUGCAGGAGAAACGUCACUUUGGGACGUCCUGGGUGAAGCAUUACUGCACCUACCAGAGGGAGUCAAAGCGGAUCACGAUGGUGCCGUUUGACCAGAAAUCUGGAGGCAAAGGGGGAGAAGACGAAGCUGUUAUCCUCAAGUCUUGCACACGGCGGAAAACCGACUCGAUCGAGAAGAGGUUUUGCUUUGAUGUGGAAGCCGUGGAUCGGCCGGGUGUGAUCACCAUGCAGGCGCUUUCAGAAGAGGACCGGAGGCUGUGGAUGGAGGCAAUGGAUGGCCGGGAACCGGUCUACAACUCGAACAAGGACAACCAAAGCGAAGGCACUGCCCAGUUGGAUAAUAUCGGCUUCAGCAUUAUCAAGAAAUGCAUACACGCUGUCGAAACAAGAGGGAUCAAUGAGCAAGGGCUCUACCGAAUCGUUGGAGUAAACUCCAGAGUUCAAAAGCUGUUGAGUAUAUUAAUGGAUCCCAAAACAGCCACAGAAACAGAGACAGAGAUCUGUGCAGAGUGGGAGAUAAAGACCAUUACUAGUGCACUGAAAACCUACCUGAGAAUGCUCCCGGGGCCGCUCAUGAUGUACCAGUUUCAAAGGAGCUUCAUCAAAGCAGCAAAACUGGAGAAUCAGGAGUCGAGGGUGUCCGAGAUCCACAGCCUCGUUCAUCGGCUCCCAGAGAAAAACAGGCAGAUGCUGCACUUGCUCAUGAACCACUUGGCAAAAGUUGCAAAUAAUCACAAGCAGAACCUGAUGACUGUUGCUAAUCUGGGUGUGGUAUUUGGGCCAACGCUACUCCGACCUCAAGAGGAAACAGUUGCUGCCAUUAUGGACAUCAAGUUUCAGAACAUCGUGAUUGAAAUUUUAAUAGAGAACCAUGAGAAGAUAUUUAACACGGUGCCGGAGACGCUGCCGUCGAACUCGCAGCUGCUGCUAUCUCGCAAGAAGAGCGUGGACUCGAAGCCUCCGUCCUGCAGCGAGAGGCCUCUGACGCUCUUCCACACCGCACAGCCCAACGAGAAGCAGGAGAACAGGAACAGCAUCAUCAACUCCAGCCUGGAAUCCGUCAUCUCCUCAAACGUCAACAGCUUCCUCAACUCCACCAGCGCUCCGCAGCCCAGCCUGAACUCGAGUGAUCUUGAACUAGAAGUAAUUAAACCCAACAGGCCAAAUUCACUGAAGAGCCCCUCGCAAAGUCCUCCAGAGUAAGAAGAAGGAGAGAAAAACCCAAGGUGCAGAUGACAUUUGCUUUCUGCAGGCAGAACUGCAACAGGCACAGCCAGCAUUCCCCAAAGCCUCUCACCACCUCUGCUCUUUCCAGGAGAAACAGAAAGGAAAUUGGAUCCUACAAGAAAACCAUUUCCAAAAUGCCAGAGACCUCAGAAUAGUCUGUUCGCUCACGUGCGCUGCCUCUUCCAGCGGAACAGGACCAAGGUCCUGCUGGCCUGUAGCUCAGAAGGGCGAUACUCAAGCAGCAUCUUUGAAGUAAAUACCUGUAUUUCACGGAAGGGAGCUGAACCCUUCGUGCACAUCGUAGCCCACGGUCUGUAGGUGCUGGGAGGGCUGAAAGGUCCAUUUGUUCUUGAGGAGCCGGAAGGACUUGUGGAGUGGGGCUGCGUGGGGCUCGGUCACGCAGGGCCGUGUUCAUCCCCUGUGAGCAGCCUGGUGGAAACAGGAUGCUCUUCAUGCUUAAAAAUCCACAUGUUGUCAUGAGUUAAUAGUUCUCUCAGGUGUUUUGGUGGGCACAAAGAGUGUUUUCUUUGCCACCAGGGAUCCAAAGACACUGAAAUACCGCUCCAGAUUAUUGAUAGCUUCUUAGCUAGAGACCAGCCCAAGUGCUGGUUCUUGCUGUAAGGCUUUUUACUGCACGAUCCCAGAAAUAGCUUCUCUGAGAACUGUAUUGACUGCGUUCCGCACUGUAAUUAGUGUAGCAGGCUGCGCAGUUGGCGGAGUGAUGACAGAGCCGACUUUAUGAGCAGCAAGAGCUGCAUUCCAUUACCAUGAUUCCACCCCAAAAAGUGGGUUGGGAAUUUCUAAUCCCGGAGUCCCGUGGGGUGGGUUAUUCCUUCUGCCACGCGGUGGGGCCAGGGUCGGUGACGGUGGCCGUCCCAAACCACGGGUCACGCACCCCAGUGAGAUGUCCCCAUCACCCGCUGCCCGCAGAGGGUGGCAGCUGUGGCGGGGGCGGUGGGUGCCGGUGGCUGAUUUUGGGCCACGUUUCGGUCACCAGCUCAUGGCCACGUCGUUGACCUUGCGCCAGGCUGCUCUUUGAGCAGGACAGCGCUGUGCCAUUCGCUUGCCCUCUCCUACCCCAGCACGGGGCCUUUGUGGUGCACUAGAUACUGCUGCCUGCUGGAUUUCUAACCAGCGAGAAGAUGGGCAGGUAGCCAGAGGUGUCAGAGCUGGCGUAGGACUCAUCCCACCUGCAGACAGGUGGAGAGGCCCCGCUGGGAGGCCGGAGCUGGGAGCUCUGCUUCCCCGGGGAACGCGCUUUGCCCACAGCAAAUCCACGCGGGGAACAGGUAACGUGCGUUUGGUGAAGAGCUUUGGUGGAGGAGUCUGCGUGGAUGGUGAGAGGCCAUGGUAAGACAAAAGGCACAUCUAGCAGGUCCUCCGCCUUCCAGGUGACAAACCCACACGUCCAUACUCAGUUUGCCUUGUAGACAUGUACUGUCUGGGAGGCUCGUGCAGUAGCUCAGCUGUAUAGAGCCAGAGAAUAUUGUAUACAGGUAAAAUAAACAACAGGUUCUGGCUUCCAAAGUACCAGUUCCUCUUGCAGUACUGACAGUGAAGGAAAUAUUCAGGUUCCUGCUACUCAGAGAGCCCUCUCCGUGUCUUCAAAUGCACCCGACGUGCGCUCUCCAUUAGAGGGCAGGAGCAGGCUUGUGCACAGAUAAUAUAAACCAGAAUUACCCACCCCAUAGGCUGGCUGGAGAGCCCUUUGCAUUAGGGAAAGUAGGACGUCAUCACGGAUGGCCAGACAACCCCACCUGCUAGAAAGAAAAAGGAGCACAAACUGGUGCUUGAAGGGUUAAUUUCUGCCAUUUGGGCUACCUUGGUCUUGGUAGCACCUCCUUCUGUUUGAAACUGGAAAGAGAUUUAAGAUAUGGUAAGUACCAAUGCCUAGACAAUUUGUUAAAGACUAAGUAAGAUGGUAAAUUACUCAUUUUUCAAGACUGACAAUUUUGAUGAUAGAAAAAUGCAAAAGGGUUGGUUUUAAAUAGUGGCAAUUAUUAGGAGAACGUUUUGAGGAUUUCUGUUAGUCUGCCUGUUUUACAGCCCUCCUGUGAAAGUUGUGAUGCACUCUGUAUCUCAUUUCUAUAUGCAAGUAAUCCUCUGGCAUAAUAAAGGUAUCGCCUGUAAUUGUGAGGGUAGAUCCUUAGUGUGUGUUGAACCCAGUGACACAGCUCCCGUGAGGAGUAACGAGACCAAGAGUUUGGCCAGGAGAGGUUCAGGCCAACAAUUUAACCUUCCUCAGUGUCCUCUGAGGUGGUGACAUUUCUGACACGGCCACGUUCCCCCAGAUACCGGACCCAGGCCACAGCUGUACCCUCUCCAUGUGAGUUGUCACACGGGAGGACAGCGGGGAGCGCUGGCUGCCAGCGGGACCCCCGGGGGCACCGGCCAUCGCGUGCUGGCCGCACCGGUGCAAGAACUGGGGAGAAGCUGCGCGGCCGAGAGCGGCAUUUCGGUUUUAAUCUGCUGAACUGUAACUCAGACAGAGUAGGAGGAAAUUACAAAAAAACAUGAAAUUGCAGAUCGAUCAUAAAUAUUUCCUGGGGAAGGUUGGUUGUUCUUCUUUUAAAUGAUAGAGGUUGAGGUUUUACAUUCAGCUUGAAAUGGAAGAAAAAUGUUUGUUGUGUUCUCUUCUCUGUUAAUAUAAUGAAACGUUUCAUUCUGGGCUUAAGGAGCAGAACCUGGGGCUGAAAUGAUGAACUUCUGCUGUUGUGAUCUAAUAGAUAUUGAAUGAUCACUGGUUAGCCCGUUACCCUUUGCACAGAGAAUUCAUCUUUUUGUGGAAGGUUGAAGAGGCAGCGCGGGCUGUCCUGGCCCCUGCCCACGCUUCGCCCCACUCCGUGAGUGCUGGUGCGUUUUGUUCAGCUUGGGGCACGGGGGUUGCUUUCGUCCUUUUUGGAAGCUGGGUUGUUUUCCUCGUUGGACACGGGUAUGAGCGGUGCUCCUCAGGGGGAGGGGACACGUCACUGCCCAGCGCGGGGUGACCGGAGGAGAUGUGGGUGAGGAUGGGGAUGGGGACGGGGAUGGGGCAGCCCAGGGGUUGCCUGUGGGGUCACAGCCAGUCCCCACCCCAUCACACACCCAUGGGAUCAGAGGUACCACCCCUCUCUCAGGAAAGGAAGAUAAAUCAUGAUGCUUUUACAAAACUUGUUGUUUUUACAGGCAUUUUCAGUGUGGAGAGGUUUUUCUGGUGUUCUAUCAUGGACAAAGUUGACAAGCUGAAUUAGACAAUACAGAUGAAUUGAUAAGCAUAGGAACAGUAGAAGAUGACUCAGACUCAAAUUGGUAUUUUAGUGCAAUGAUUGCUUUUUGUUGAACCUGAGAAUGACCUAAAUCAAACCAUUUUGAUGGAACAAAUUCUUCUUGCUUGGCUUCUGCAUGUAUUUACUAGUUGAGUAACUUGAUUCAACUUCAGUUAACAGCAGUAGCUUAAAAGUGAGGAAUCCAGAGCAGUUUGCAUAAGGGAAAAAAAAAAAAGAAAAAGAAAAAGAAAAAAAGGAGUUCUUCAAUGUAAAACGUGGAAAAGAAAUCAAUGGAAUGGUCAUGGUGCUGAUUGCAGACGCAGGGCAGGAGCCCCGGAGCUGCGGGCACCUCCGGGAGCUGUUAGUGUGAGCCGAGGGUCCCAGCGCAGCGGGGUGCUGCUGACCCUGCUGGGGCUGGAGAUGUUCUCCUGGUGGUUAUGUCCACACGGGUGACAGCACGGACACACCAGCCCCGUCCUGCACGUGCCGAGUCUCUGGGCUCCCGAGAGCCCUUGGCUGGCAAUGUGGACAGGUGGUGGCGGCCGGGCACUGUGGAUCGACACCCGGGCUCCGGCACCGCGGCAGCCCACGUACAAAAGGCGGAUGGAGGCUGCUCGCGGGCAUCGGUGAUGUCCAGAAAUACCAUCAGCUCUUUCUUGCAGCGGGGAGGGAAAUAAAACACAGCAGGUAAGUGGCUGAGCUGGCAGCAGGGAGCGAGGCGGCCCCUCUGCACACAGGGUGUUGGGCUCCCUGGACGGGGCGAUGGAGCAGGAGUUGAUUGGAAGAUCCAGCUCUUGUCCAGAGAAAUGCAGAUCUGGCCUUGAAACACUCCCCAAGGUCUUGGCACUUCAUUUCGUAGCUGUGUCUCAUGCUCUGAAUAUUCCCAAGGCACUCGCUAUCGUCGGAUGUCGUCUGACUGUCUCUCGGUUGUGUUUGUUUCUGUGGUUGCACGUUGAUAAGGUAUCUGGUUAUGUC